CCGGCUUUAAAUGCGGGGCGCUGGGGAAGCUGCGGUGCCCCUUGUCGCCCCUCAGCAUCGCUCUAGGUACUCGCAGCCGGCCGCCAUGGUCGAGGCUUUCUGCGCCACCUGGAAGCUGGUGGACAGCCACAACUUCGACGAGUACAUGAAGGCGCUGGGAGUGGGGUUUGCAACACGACAGGUGGGAAAUGUGACUAAACCCACUGUGAUUAUCAGCAGCGAGGGAGACAAAGUAGUGAUCAAGACUCAAAGCACUUUCAAAAACACAGAAAUCAGCUUUAAGCUUGGAGAGGAAUUUGAUGAAACUACCCCCGAUGACAGAAACUGCAAAUCAGUUGUGACCCUGGAUGGAGACAAGCUAGUGCACGUACAGAAGUGGGAUGGCAAAGAGACAAACUUUGUGAGAGAAAUAAAGGAUGGCAAAAUGGUAAUGACUCUCACCUUUGGUGAUGUGGUUGCUGUUCGCCACUAUGAGAAAGCGUAGAGCUUACCUGACCUCUGUCCAGAUGUUACUUCUGCUGGGUGGAUUAAUGUACUGUCCAUAAUUGAACAUAGCUAAAAUGCACAUUUCUGGCAUGAAAGAUUAAUAAAGAGUUUGGGAAUGUGUUGUUUUUUAAAAAAAAAACUUUAUGCCAUCAAAUUGGCAAACUUGUGCUGUAUAGUGAAACAGGUUAAAGUUGGCAUUAAAUUUCUGAAACGCUCACCUUUCUUUUUUACGGUAAAUGACAUAUUUGAAUUGUUUUGGAAUGCAGAUCAAACAGAAAUUAAAAAGUUUUUUAAGCCUGUGA